CUCACCUCGAAAAUAGAAGAAAUUAGAACUUGAAUUGGAGGAGAGGGGGUCGCCGCUGCUCCUUCGUCGGAGUGGCUCGCCCACGCCGGCGGGAAAGAGAGUGAGUGAGAUGGACGGUAUCAGGCGGUGAUGCUUCCCUGGCGACGGAGGUCGACGGUUGACGUCGCUGAAACGGCGGAAGAUUGAAGCGAGGAAGAGCGCACGCUACCUUUCCCUCGCGUUAUUAUAUUAGGGUCCUGUUUGGCAAAAAUUCUGAAUGGGUAAGAGGUCUGAACCAUUAAGUGCUGAACCAGUAAGAGGUCUGAACCAUUAAGAGCUAGUAUAUUGCUUAACUAUUCAGAGGCAAAUGUCUGAUCAAUUCAGAUAAGAGGUCUUAACCAUUCAGACUCUGUAUAAUACUUAACCAUUCAGAGGCAAAUCUCUUAACCAUUCAGACAUCUGAACCAUUAAGAGGCUGAAACAAACAGNGAGCGCACGCUACCUUUCCCUCGCGUUAUUAUAUUAGGGUCCUGUUUGGCAAAAAUUCUGAAUGGGUAAGAGGUCUGAACCAUUAAGUGCUGAACCAGUAAGAGGUCUGAACCAUUAAGAGCUAGUAUAUUGCUUAACUAUUCAGAGGCAAAUGUCUGAUCAAUUCAGAUAAGAGGUCUUAACCAUUCAGACUCUGUAUAAUACUUAACCAUUCAGAGGCAAAUCUCUUAACCAUUCAGACAUCUGAACCAUUAAGAGGCUGAAACAAACAGUCUGAACCAUUAAGUGCUGAACCAUUCAGACAUCUGAACCAUUAAGAGGCUGAAACAAACAGCCCCUUAGACUUCCUAGUCCAAUUAGGAUAAGUUUAAGUCCAAUUAUUUGAUUCGUCACUCAUAUGUUGGACCCAAUAAGUCUGAUUCACGAUUUGUUUGCGUGAUCGGGUUCAGAACAGAGAGCUCCACAACUAUGGGAAUUCUUGACCAUCUUUCUCACAGAUUUGACUGCGCCACCGGCCGCUCCCGCCGCUACAAAAACAACCGCCGGCAACUCCAGACGGUGGAGGUUCGGGUGAAGAUGGACUGCGAGGGGUGCGAGAGGAGAGUGAGGAGGUCGGUGGAGGGAAUGAAGGGGGUGACCUCUGUCCAGGUGGAGCCCAAGCAGCACAAGCUCACCGUCGUGGGCUACGUCGACGCCGACAAGGUGGUGGCCCGGGUGGCUCGCCGCACCGGCAAGAGGGCCGAGAUCUGGCCCUACGUGCCCUACGGGGUGGUGGCGCACCCCUACGCCCCCGGGGUGUACGACAAAAAGGCUCCGGCCGGGUACGUCCGCCGGGAGGAGGAGCUCGCGCGCGCCUCCUCCGCCGAGGUCCGUUACACCGCCGCCUUCAGUGAUGAAAACCCCACUGCAUGCGCUGUCAUGUGAUGUUACAUGUGUUCUCUUCUUCUCAUUUCUCGAUCAUCGGAUUAUUAAUUAUGGAGUACUAGCUAAUUAGACGUACGA